GUCCCGCGCAUUUCUUCACGCGUGCGCCAGGAGACAACAUGACCGUCUUUAUUUGCAUCACUGCAGCUUUGCUCGCGGCUGUCUCAGCAGCGCCUCCCAGCCAGCCAAGAUUCUACCAGGGGCCUGGGAAUCCUAACUUUCAGCCCGGGCUGGAGCAGUAUUACUUGGACAACGCGGAAGUGGCGAACUACUACAACCAGGCGCAACAGAAGCAAGGUCAAGUGAACGCGAACGCGCCAGCUCGGCUGGAGAACCUGGAGCCUGACAGCGAAGUGGAACUGGUUCCAGGAGUGCAGCAGCCGCAGCAGCCGCCUCAGCAGAAUCCAGUAUCUCCCAACUUGCCGGGCUUGGUGCCUGGACAGCGGGUGUUCAUUGUGCAUAUGCCAGUCCCGGGAUACAGGCCUGGUACUGUUGGAGGGUACCAGCCCCUAUACAUUGUAGCUGCAGCACCUCAAGGGGGCAACGCUGGAGCAUAUGCAGCCAAUGGGUACCAAAAUGCCAUCCUACUCGACCCCUCCGGGCAAGCAGUGCUGUCUCCAGUGAACGGGUACUACCGACCGGGCCUGGGGCCUCAGCAGGCCAACCCUGGACUACUUCUGGGAGCGCCUCUUGGCUUGCAGCGACCUUUCGACUUGGCGUAUCAAGAUCCUAACCUAGCAUACCAACAAGUUGGACCUCAAGGACCGGGACCAGAGGGUCAGCAGAUUCGCCUGGCUCCCGUGCCAUUCCGUCAACCUGCAGCCGUCGCUAACGCUGCUCCAAGUGCAAACCAAUCAGCAGCACCGUCAGAGCAGAAGCGUGUGGGCCAAUCAUCGGAGAGCAACGAACUGAAGGAAGAACCGAAGCGCAACGCGAGACCUACGCUUGCCCAUGCCCCGCGCAAACCUUAGUCUGCUAGCAAAAUAUUGGCACAGUAGAUGUAGUGUGUUAACCCCUUUAGGGUUUUGAGUCGCAUUUGUAACAUUGUCAAUUUUCUAAGUCGAAAUCUUAUUGAAAAUACUCUUCACGCUAGCCGAUCUUGAAGUUUAAAUAUAUUUGUGAAUUUCCCAUUCACCAACUUGAAAUCAAUAUCAAUACCAAUGUUAUAUUAAAAAUGUUACCAAUACCAAUACCAAUACCAAUGUUAUUAUUGUGUGUGAUUGAAGAAUACGAUGAUUCAGCGUGAGCUUGUAUUUAAACUGUUGUUGACAUUUUACAAAUUUGACUAGAACUGCUGAAGCGGAAAAACUAGAAAUCAACGAAUAUAUUCGAAAACUAUUAUUGAAACUUUGAAAAUCGAAGUUAAUAUAUAUAGAAGAAUGAGAUAAACCUAUUCAAUCUACGUUUACAUAUUUAUGAAGUGUACGUAGUAAAAUGUAGACAUGUGAUAAUUAGUAGAUAUAUGAAGAUUCUGUGAUUUGGUCUGCCCCAAAUAAUUUUAUUUGAUAUUAAUAUCUUUUACUAACCAAACACUAGUUUUGGACGAAAAAGACUGCCUAUUUCGACAUUAUUCAAUAUAAUUUAAUUAUACAAUAGCAUCAAUCUAAAAAAUCGGCUAUUUUUUCACUUCAAUCGGAUUGAUUUUUUGAAGCAAAGAGGAUGAUACGAGUACAUCAAGUCAAACUGUAUAAUUGCUAUAAGCAAAUCACUUAAUUUGAUAAGUAGGUAAUUUAAUUCGUUUUGCAAUAUAAAACUGGGUCAUCUUCAUAUAAUAUAUAAUUAUUAUUCGGAAGGAGGUAAUAUAAAAAGCUUGU